AUGGCCAGUGCCCCCCAUGUCCCGGAAGACCAGAGUCGCCUCCUGGAAGAGGCUCUUGGGGUGGUACGACAGCAGUCGCAUAUGAUGCGAAGAUGUCUGGAAACACCUGGGAAGCUGAUGGAUGCGUUGAAAUGCGGAUCUACGCUGGUAGCUGAGCUUAGAACACCUACAUUGGGGCCAAAGCAAUACUACGAAUUGUAUAUGGCGGUAUUCGAUGCGCUUCGUCACCUGUCAGACUACCUUCGAGAAUCUCAUCCAGUGAAUCACUUGGCGGAUUUGUAUGAGCUGGUUCAGUAUGCUGGAAACAUUGUCCCCCGCCUCUAUCUUAUGAUUACCGUGGGCACCGUAUACAUGUCUAUUCCGGAUGCUCCAGUCAAGGAAAUUAUGAAGGAUAUGAUGGAAAUGAGUCGAGGUGUACAACACCCAAUCCGCGGAUUAUUCUUGAGAUAUUAUCUCUCUGGCCAAGCGCGGGACUAUCUACCCAUGGGUUCUGGCGAUGGACCCCAAGGUAACCUCCAAGAUUCCACCAACUUUGUUCUGACCAAUUUUGUGGAAAUGAAUAAGCUAUGGGUACGAUUACAGCACCAAGGCCAUUCCCGGGAACGAGAGAAGCGAACACAGGAGAGAAAAGAACUAGAGCUCCUUGUUGGAAGCAAUCUGGUUCGUCUUAGCCAGCUGGUUGAUUUGGAGGCGUACAAAUCAGCUAUAUUGCAGCCUCUCCUGGAGCAGGUAGUUCAGUGCCGAGACGUGCUUGCGCAAGAGUACUUACUGGAAGUGAUAACAAAAGUAUUUCCGGAUGAAUAUCACUUGCACACGUUGGACUCAAUGUUAUCUGCUAUCGCAAGAUUAAAUCCGCAUGUUGAUAUGAAAAAAAUUGUCAUUGGUCUCAUGGAUAGGCUGUCAACUUAUGCUACUCGUGGUUCUGAAAAAAGUGAUGAUCCCGAAGUAAGAAAGAAGGCCGAAGAAGAGGCAACAGUGCGGCUAUUGGAAAAACUCCAACUGUCAAAGGAAACAGGUGAGGCUCCUCCAGCCUCUGACAAACAGGAAACAGCAGAUAAAGAAAAAGGAAUUGUGCAAUCGGAAAAUGGUAUUAACCAGCCCGGUGAAGGAGAAAGCGGCAAAGACACAAAGCCAGAAUCUGUGGAGGACCAGCAAGAAACCGGGGAGGCAACUUUUUUGCCUGGGAAUAUCAAGCUUUACGAAAUCUUCUACGAUCAAGUGCUCAAUCUGGUGAAGACUCGAGGAAUUCCCAUUCAAGAUACCAUUGCCCUUUUAGUUUCAUUGACAAACCUUGCCCUUGCAGACUUCCAUUCUGCGCCAGCCCAGUCAAGCAUAUUAAACCUUUUACUUGCUCCUCUCCAGUCAUACGUUUCUAUAUUCACCGCACUAUCUCUUCCAAAUUAUAUCCCUUUCUUCGCCGCACAGUCGUAUUCAACCCGAAGGGCAGUUGCUGGUGAAGUUGCACGAAAUAUUUUGCGAAAUAGGACAUUAAUUACUUCACCCGAGAAUCUGGAUAAUGUCCUCCAGAUUCUACGAGUUUUGAUCAGGGAAGGAAUGCAACAACCAGCUGGCUACCCUGGCGCUCAAUCUCAGCGACGUGGAGGUGAAACCGAGGAGACAAUCGAAGAGCAAGGCUGGCUGGCGCGAAUAGUUCAUUUAGUCCAAGGGUCAGACAAUGAUACGCAACUCAAGCUAUUACAAGCAUUGCGAACAGCCUAUUUGGAUGGAAAUGAGCGUAUAAGAUACACCACACCAUCUAUAAUAACAUCCUCCAUCAAGCUGGCCCGCAAGUUCAAGGCCCGCGAGCACUUUGAUGAUAACUGGCAAUCUCAGUCAUCUGCGCUCUUUAGGUUCAUGCAUCAAUGUAUCAGCAGUUUGUACCAGCGUGUGAACUCUGGUUGUGCUGAUCUUGCAUUGCGCCUCUUUGUACUUUGUGGACAAACAGCGGAUGAAACUGGUUUUGAAGAAGUCAGCUAUGAAUUCUUCGCACAGGCUUUUACUGUUUAUGAAGAUUCUAUUAGCGACUCGAGGGCGCAAUUCCAAGCUGUCUGUAUCAUCUCAAGUGCCUUGCACGGAUGCAGGAAUUUUGGAAGAGAGAACUAUGAUACUCUCAUCACCAAGGCUGCCCUUCACGGUAGUAAGCUUCUGAAAAAACCAGAUCAAUGCCGUGCAGUUUACUUGGCAAGCCAUCUUUGGUGGGUCGUCGAAAGCCCACAGAAGGAAGGAGAUGAACCUAAUAUUGUUUAUCGUGAUGGUAAACGUGUUCUGGAAUGCCUUCAGCGCGCGCUUCGUGUGGCAGAUGCUUGCAUGGAUACUGCUGUAUCCGUGGAGCUCUUCAUCGAGAUACUGAAUCGCUAUGUUUACUAUUUCGACCAGCAAAACGAGACAGUGACGACGAAAUAUCUCAAUGGCCUUAUCGAGCUCAUAUAUUCUAAUCUUCAGUCAAACCAGACCGAGGGAGUUCCAAGUUCAAGCCUGGAAAGCCCUAGACGCCAUUUUGAACGAACUUUGGAUUAUAUCAAAUCUAGGGGGUGGGAAGGAGUUGUGACAGAGCCACCCAGACAAUAA